AUGAAGCCGUGGCUUGGACUGAGCGACUGGCUCAUGAUGGGAGGUGUUAUACUCAACUUCAUAGCGUGCAUACCGUAUGCCGUCCUCGCCGCCAAAGCUGGCCAGGGUCGCUUGAUGGCAGAUCCAUGGUGGACUGUCCCCGGGAAUACAUCCAGAGAACUACACUUGAUCUUCAUCACGCAAUGUCUGAACGUCUACGCCAUGUUCUUGGUCAAGGCCUCAAUCUGCGCAUACCUCAUGGCACUGGACUUUGGGCGCAGCUACCGAGUUCUCAUAUGGGUAUCCGUCAUCGUCGUGGUGCUUUGCAACUUCGUCAUGAUGUUAAUACUGCACUUUGCGUACUGCCGACCCUACUAUUCUCGGUGGGACUUGUCCGUACAAGGGAAGUGUUGGCCAGAAGCUGUGAGUGACGCGACAGCGUAUGUACAAAUUGCUUCAAACGUGUUUACAGAUCUGAUAUAUGCUGCUGCGCCAAUCGUGUAUCUGAGACACGUCCAGCUCAGCAAGCAAACGCAAUGGGGCGUCAGAAUCGUAUUCCUACUGGCACUUGUAGAAAGUGGCACCGGUCUCUCCAUCGCGAAACUCUUCAUCACGAUGAAGUUCCUUCGAUCCGAGGAGCCGAUGUGGGACGCCAUCGAUCUCAGUAUCUGCAGUAUCAAUGAAGUCUGCGUCGGCAUAAUCAUCGCAAACCUGCCGCCGCUGCGAAUAACGAUCCUCGGUCUCUUCUCAAGAUUCCUGCCUGCAGGUUACGCUACCAGCUUCGGUGUUUCGCGCAGAAAUACCAGCCAGUUUUAUCCAGCUUCUUCGAACUACAUCUCCAAGGCACGCACGAAGCUGGACAGUAAUGGAGACGACGAGAGCGAGCGGCAUAUCCUGGAACUCGAGGACAGGAUACAAUGCGCGGGCAUUAUGAAAACAACGCACGUGAGCAUUCGUGAGAGCGACGCACAGUCACAGAGGACGCUGUCGCUGAAGCAGCAAUUUUGA